AUGUUUCGUUUAGUGGUAGCUCUUUCGAUUCUACAAUUAGUCGCUGGGCAAUGUGCCCAUUAUGAGGACAAGUUGAUUGGAGAUCUAUGUUACUCAUUUUACACUGAAACCCGGAAUUUCGACGGAGCCGAACGAGCUUGCUCGGGGAACAACCAAAAUUUGGCAGUACUUCACAAUACUCUACAAACUAACUUCUUAGCAUCAAUCGUUCGUAGCCAAACUGGCGCAACAAAGUUUUGGAUCGGUUUAAGCCGUGCAACUCCGAGCUCUAGAUUCCAAUGGGACGACGGAACCACAAUGUAUUGGAGCAACUUCAAUAUGAAUCAUGCGAAGGAUAACAAUUAUGUUGCCGAACAUACGACUGACGGAAAAUGGCAGACAAUUGGCAAGCACCACGAGCUUCCUUUUGUAUGCAGUUAUGAUCCGAAAAACUUUACUCCAAUUCCAUCUGGUUCCGGGUCCACACCUGAUUUCACAAAUGGCCCAGCUUCGGGAGCCACUGACGAGCCGAUCUCCGACGCUACCGGAGCCUAUUCCACUGACUUGCCAUUUUCUGAUUCCCCAACUGGAGCUUCCGAUCUACCAUUCUUUGGAUCUUCGGGAGCUACUGAUUUCCCAGUCUCGGGUGGUCCAUCUGAUUCACCAAUUUAUCCAGCUUCGGGAGCCACUGACGAGCCGAUCUCCGACGCUACCGGAGUCGCAAGUUCCGAUGGACCAUUGGCCUACUCCACCGACUUGCCAUUCUCCGAUUCUCCAACUGGAGCUUCCGAUAUGCCAUUUUUUGGAACUUCUGACUACCCAGUCUCGGGUGGUCCAUUUGGCACCCCAGAUUUCCCAGUUUCGGACGGCCCAUCUGGAUCAUCUGAUUAUCCAGUCUCCGCAGGUUUCUAA